AUGGCUAAUGAACAAUUUGACGUGAUUCUCGAAGAGAACCAACUGCAAGACGCCUGCGACCAUCUCGCAGAGUACCUGGAGGCCUAUUGGCGCGCCAGUCAUCCAACUCUGGGCACCUCGAAGGCCGAGAGGAUCUUGGGUAUCGGCGGGGCCGGACCAGUUGGCAUGACGCCCGGCGCUGGGUCUGGAGCCGGCAAGCCGACGGGUGCCUCGCGGGGUGGAAGCAUUUUUGGCGGUCCCACGCGACGCGACACGUUGACUAGCGGACAACGUUCGCCGGAGGACGAGCUGGACGGCGCGGCUCACGGCCUCUAUCCUGCGCGGUCUCUGGGCGACGCGGAGGCCUACAGAUCAGUGGACCGUGACGGUGAUCAUGACCGUGACGGCGACCGUGACGGUGACCGUGAGCACGACCUUGAUCCGACGGAACGAGAGUGCUCAUUGGACGAGGCGAGUGGCUUGAGUCGCGCAGUCCGAGGUGCCGAACGUCGACGACUGCCACCGGUCAGGACCGUCGGGCAGCCGAACUCGGAUCGGCCUGUGAAGUCACAGCUUGACGAUCAAGUGGCGCCACGUUUCGCCACGGACUGGUCAGGCCCUGGCGAAUUCUUGCGUGGUCCCGUCGACUACCCUCGCGCUUUGGGUAUGCUCUGCAGAAAGCCUCGGCCCGUCGGUUCGAAGGACUCUCGUUCAGGCCGACGGGGCCGAGCCAUUUUCGAUAUGAUAAAUUGGGAAGAAAUGUUGAACUUUCACAAAUCUCUUGCUUGA